CUGGCCGGCCCUUCUCUUCUUUCAUCUCUGCUGUCCAUUUCUAUCAGGAUCCAUCAUGCGGAAGUCCUUACUCCGUCUCAGCAAUCAUCACCAGAGAUGAUACUGCUAUUAUUACGCCCUGAAUCACCUCUUUAGCCGAGCGCCUUGGCGAUGUCCUCGUUUUGGUUACCUUCCGACACCGCCGUUAUUUCAGAGCGCAUGCUCUUCAAGCAUGUUCUGGGGUCGUCAGAAGCAGCUGUCCGAUGUCUGGCUUCAGCUUACGGCUCGCUAUCUCCGAACUUUCGACCGAUCCCAGUCUCGUCAUGCAUCCCCUCGUCCAACCCCCGGGUGGCGCCCGUUCGCCUUGCGCCCGACCUAUCUCUCCAUACUCGGUAUUCUGAUGCUGAUAAUGUUGGCGGUGCUUGAGGCACUACGUCGAUAUACCGAUCGCUAUGGAGGCCUCGUCUUCUACCAGGAUACCACAGACCUUUCCAACGCCGCCACAUUCGCCUACAACUACGUGCCCGUUAUCGUUGCCCUGAUACUCGUCACAUUCUGGUCUUUCAUCGACUUUGACGUUCUGCGCCUUGAGCCGUAUUUCCAACUUUCUCGCCCGGAGGGGACUCCAGCCACGACGUUAUUCAUCAAUUACAAUUUUGGUCAAUCCUUUCUGACCCCACUUACUUCGGCCAAGAGGGGUCAUUGGGUCGUGUUGCUCGUAUCACUUCUCACAGUGUUGAUGCGGAUCUUCCUACCCGCUCUGCAGAGUGCGGUGUUUGAGCUGAGGGAAAUAAGCAUUUUGAGCGACGAAACCAUGCGAACAUGGCCGGAUCUUGUGGACCUCGCUAGCCAGGCUCGGUGGAUUACCGCACAGGAAAAGAACAAUUGGGACUUCUCGACUCUCUCGUCAGGCAGUCCCCUUCAGAAGACUCGCUCUGCCAAUUACGCCGUGGCCCCUGUGGAAAUUCCCACGGACGACUUCCGAGAAAGCACGGUAUGGACACUGAACCAAACGGUAUACUGGUCAGAACUUUCUUGCCAGGAUGUCAUGGUGAAUGACAACCUGGAAGUUUCCGCAAACGGGACGACGGACGGACUGCCAAUCAUCUCAUGGAACGUCACGGGCAACAUAUUCUUCCCUUCGAGUGAUUAUGUCCAGAUUCGCUACUGGGAGCCAGUCUGGACGGACAACGCUUUCCAGUCAUUCACCACCAACGGUUGCAACCCGUUUGAUCUCUACGGCAUACUCAUUGGUGUCAACGCUACGCGCUCCACGGACCACCAUGCGGAUGACAUGUCACUAUCUGGAGUCACCUUCGCAUCCUCGGCGACGCUUUUUGCCUGCAGUAUCGACUAUCGCAAGGCCGACGCAAAGCUCCAGCUUCAUGCCAAUAGCUCCAUCACCUCGGUGGACAUACACCCCGGCACCACCACCAAAUUAACGGGCGAUCAGUUCAACAUUGACGGGUUUCAGGGCUUCUUGUCCCAUAGAGCCCCUUAUACCAGCGACAUGAUCUUCUUUCGGAUCAACGAGACCAGCGGCGAACGCGAAGUGACGGAGUUGCCUGUUAUUAGUCAAGAAAUAGGUGAUUUGGAGCCUGUCGUAGUCCUGGACUCGUCAGACGUCAUGACAAAAGAAGAGUUUGAAUCCAAGGUUACGCGGGGCGUUGGUCAGACAUUUAUGCUUACCAUGGGACGACUCUUCAAUCUUGACGAAGCCCCGGCCGUCGUACCGGCGACACGGCUCACCUGGCAAGUCACACUUGCGGUGGUCGAUUUCGCAGCUUUAUGGUCCGAGGUCAUUCUUGGUCUGGGCGUCGUUAUCAUCUUAGGGCUGUUACACGUGUACAAAAACCGGGAAAACGUACUUCAAAGCGACCCGUGCUCCGUUGCAGCCAUGUGUAGCAUUGUGACAGACCUGUUUGGACCCUCCAACAUUCUCGCCGAUCCUCGGUUUGAGUUCCAUCAGUAUUCCACGCGACAACUCCGUCGGCUUCUUCGGAAUUGCUGGUUGCGCUGGGAACCUGGCCCGGGCCCGAAUGGCAAACGCCUCGCAAUCGUCACCUCAGACGGCUCUCCGAUCCAGUUGGACGAGCAGCUGCGCAAGCGCGCUGAUCCGAUGCCACACUUUCUCGUUAUUCCCUUUUUUAUUAUUGAAUUCCUCUUGCUCGCCGCGGUGAUCACAGCCAUGAGCUUAGUCGUUGCUUCACUGACCCGGGAUGGCAAGUUUCGACAUCUUACGCAGUCCGACUCGAGCUUCUUUCAAGUGGUUCUGUCAGUUUUGCCGUCCAUAGUUGCUUCGGCCGUUGGUUCUCUCUGCACCUCCAUUCACCGCAAUGUCAGUAUCCUUGAACCUUGGGUGCACCUUCAGCGCGGCAGGGCUACGGCGAAGGCCUCAUUGUCAAUGAACUACUCGUCGCAGACGCCGUUGGCAGUGUUGGUGAAAGCCGUACGAGACCGUCACAUUUUGUUGCUUCUGAUAUCAGUGGCAUGUGUUGCCAACACGGCUCUUACCGUCGUUGCUGGUGGCUUAUUCACACAACAGAUGACGAGCUCCUCUCUUCCUACCGCGUCACUGGUCACCAACUACAGCAAUGCCGUUUUUCAGCAAACCGAUUUUGCGGCAGACUUUACUGAAUACGACAUCAUCCAGACCAGUAUCACCACCGGAGUGUCGAUACUCCCGUGGACGAGCGCCAACCACUCUUUUGUUCCCAUCACGAUUAAGGAUCCGGAUUCUGAUGCCCUGUACGGGGCCAACACGCUGGGUAUCGGAGCGGACCUGGCAUGUCAAAAGUUGUCCAUCGCCGAUAGUCUGGUUGAGAAUCCCCAGAAUGGAUCUGCUUAUUGGGAAUAUCAUACAUUUGACGAUCCCAGUAGGCGCUGUAAACAUCCACGUGAGGACAUUACACUUUCCAUUCACUUUUUAUCUCCAGUGGCUACCGAAGAUGCAACGUAUGAUUGCCAGACAUCCACUGUGGUGGUUCUGGGUCGGUGGAAUUACACUGCCGGAUCGCCCAUAACCGACCAAAACACUAUUGCUCUGCACUGCGAACCCAGAAUCAGGUUGGAAAACUACUCAAUCACUUUCGAUACGAAAGGCCAAAUCCAAUAUUUGAGCCCCAUUGCCGGUACAGCCAUCACAUCUGGCCCCAUCCUGGGACAGUUCAACAAGGUCUUUGCCGCCAUUCCGCAGAGCUACAUCAGCAAUUCGACUUAUGAUCGUAAGACAUACAUCACGUCGCGUCGAGAUCCGGGGUUUACUUCUCUUGACCCUCAAGACCUGAUGGACAUGUCCAGAAUCGUCUAUCAGUGGGUUUAUAGCACUUAUUUUACCAUCUGGAGGGGGAUCUACCUGCAGCCGCUGGACAAACCGCAUGCCGCUCCGAACUCGACAGUGAUCUACAAUACGUGGACCAUGGUACCGUCCAUCCCCUCUCUAACUAUUGCAUUGAUGAUCAUCGCCCUCGAUACGUUGAUCGUUCUUAUUGGACCCCGCGUGCCACGUCGCAUGCUAGAGGAUUUCCGCGGCACCUAUUUUUGGACCAGCAUGCAGAGACGGAUCCACCUCGACCGACUGAACAAGCGGUAUGGGUUCCGGAUGUUCCUCAAUGCGGAUGAGGACAAAGCGGCAGGUGAAUUCGAGGAUCGGUUCAAGAUGUCGGGGGCUAUCCAGCUGCGUGAUUUAGGUACGGACACUUCUGACUCAAGCUCUGAAGCAAGUCCUGAGGCAUCAAGCCUUGAGGCAACAAAUCCGACGACCCGGGUGGUCGAUCGGCAGGAAUAAUGAUUAGCACACGAUCUGUUCAUGUAUCAUAGAUAGGGAAUAUAUAUAUCCUGAUAUAUAUGGAGUUGGGGAUAUCAAACGGACGGAAUUUGUAUAUACUACAAUACCAUUUCAAUCACCAGC